AUGGUUCAUGCCAACCAUUGCAGUGGCCAUCACACCACUGACAACAACCAACUGUCUGUCACCCCCUCGAUCGUGAUGAGCAUCGUAUUUGGGGGCAAGGCGAUCGGGUCGACAACGAUGGUGGCUUUUUGCAAUCCGACGUUGGACCAUACCGACGGCCGUCGGGCCCGCAAAAACGCCGCCAUGCAAAGCCCCCCCCCCGAGGAUGCCACCCCCCAUACAUUGCACUGGCAGUUGCUCGUGCCAUGA